CCUGCCGUUCCGCGCAUCGCCGUUCCAUUCAUUCACCACACCAUCCCCCAGCCCAGCUCCGGUUGAGGACCCCGGGAGGACACACACACCACCAAUCUGGACCAACGUUUUGGCAAAGGGAUACGCAACACAGCAGCAGCAGUAUAGCAUGGGGUUCCCGGUGGGGUACUCGGAGCUGCUGCUCCCGAAGCAGCUGCUCCACCUGCUCCUCCUGCUCGGCUGCAUCCGCCGGUUCCUCCUCUGGGCCUUCGACGCCGUCGGCCUCGGCGACCUGCUGGAUCUCGGGGACGACCACAACGUCCUCCCGCCGCCGCAUCACCACCACGACCACGAGCAGCACCAGCAGGCCGUGGCGGCGCCGGCCCAGCAGUCGGCGCAUCUGCGGGCCGAGUUGCUGUUCCGGCCCGUGUCGGCGCUGGUCAUCGAGGAGGUGCUCCCCGUGGUGCGCUACGACGAGCUCGCCCCGGCGCAGUGCGGCGGCGGGGACUGCGCGGUGUGCCUGAGCGGCAUCGGCGGCGGGGACGAGGUGCGCAGGCUCACCAACUGCCGCCACGCCUUCCACCGGGCCUGCCUGGACCGCUGGAUGGAGCACGACCAGAGGACAUGCCCGCUCUGCCGCGCGCCGCUCAUCCCCGACGAGAUGGCCGGCGCGCUCUGCCACGCCGCAGCCGGCGUGCCCGACGCCUCCGACUUCGACUUCUUCUACCUCGGCGCGGCCUCGGCGCACGCGCCCCUUGCCGCCCCGACGCUGCUGCGCCCGCACGAGUUGUUCCUCACCGGCCUCGGCGGCUACCAGUGACUGAAUUGUUUUCCAGCAAUUCGCCAUGGCCGGCGACUAUCUCCCUCCCGAAUGCGCAAUUUUUACAUGGCUGAAUUGGUCGUCGCAUUCGGGGGGGAAGGGGGAGGCCGCCGCCGCCCAAGGGAUGGGAGUUGUUUGCUUGGCUCCAUCUCUCCAAGUGUGUACAUAGGUUAAAAUGAGUAAAGUAACCGCCCCAGAAAAGGCUAGGAGAUUUAGAUUCUUGUUAUGUAUAGGUAGAUUCCACCUUCCAAGUUUGUGGAGCUGUGAAUCUUUCUGCGAAUUGAAUUUGUUGAGCUAGGCAGGCGUUCCUGAUGCAAAAUGAGUUCCUGCAGUUUCGUUUCGGCCCC